UCCCGGCCCGUCCCCGGCGGCGGGCGGAGCAGCAGCGGCGGGGGCGCGCUCGGGCGGGGGCGCGCGGCGGGCGGCGCGGAGGAGGAGGAGCGGCCGGUGCGGGUCCGGCGAGAGCCGCCGAGCCGCGGCCGGAACAAAGGCCGAGAUGGCGGACCGCGGCCUGGAGGGCCUGGCGCUGCCCCUGGAAGUGCGGGCGCGCCUGGCCGAGCUGGAGCUCGAGCUGUCGGAAGGAGACAUCACACAGAAAGGCUACGAGAAGAAGCGGUCGAAGCUGAUCGGUGCCUACCUGCCCCAGCCUCCCACAGCGAAUGGAGCUGCCGUGGUCCGGUGUAGACUGCAGCCCAGUGACGGAGCCCCUCGGAGGACGCUGCCCGCCGGCCACCUGGGCGUGUGUGACAUCCGGGACGCCUCCGUCCGAGAGCGGGCAGCCAGUGCCGCGGGAAACCGGCCGCUGUUUUACUUUCGUUUCGGGGUGGACCAGGCUCUGCCCCCCGAGCGCCGCGCCCCAGUCACGCCGUCCUCAGCCUCUCGCUACCACCGUCGACGAUCCUCAGGGUCCCGAGAUGAACGCUACCGGUCAGACGUGCACACGGAGGCCGUGCAGGCUGCGCUGGCCAAGCACAAGGAGAGGAAGAUGGCCGUGCCUAUGCCCUCCAAGCGCCGGUCCCUGGUGGUGCAGACCUCCAUGGAUGCCUACACGCCACCAGACACGUCCUCGGGUUCAGAAGAUGAGGGUUCCGUGCAGGGUGACUCGCAAGGGACGCCCACGUCCAGCCAGGGCAGCAUCAACAUGGAGCACUGGAUCAGCCAGGCCAUCCACGGCUCCACCACCUCCACCACCUCCUCCUCCUCCACGCAGAGUGGGGGCAGCGGCGCCGCCCACAGGCUGGCGGACGUCAUGGCCCAGACGCACAUAGAGAAUCACUCUGCACCUCCUGACGUGACCACUUACACCUCAGAACACUCGCUCCAAGUGGAGAGGCCCCAGGGCUCCACCACCUCUAGGACGGCACCAAAGUACGGCAACGCCGAGCUCAUGGAGACUGGAGAUGGCGUGCCGGUGAGCAGCCGGGUGUCAGCCAAGAUUCAACAGCUUGUCAACACCCUCAAACGACCCAAGCGGCCGCCCUUGAGGGAAUUCUUUGUGGAUGACUUUGAGGAGCUGUUAGAAGUUCAACAACCAGAUCCAAACCAGCCGAAGCCAGAGGGAGCCCAGAUGCUGGCCAUGCGUGGGGAGCAGCUGGGCGUGGUCACAAAUUGGCCCCCAUCCUUAGAAGCUGCGUUACAGCGAUGGGGGACCAUCUCGCCCAAGGCCCCAUGCUUGACCACGAUGGACACGAACGGGAAGCCCCUGUACAUCCUCACUUACGGCAAGCUCUGGACACGGAGCAUGAAGGUCGCCUAUAACAUCCUGCACAAGUUGGGGACCAAGCAGGAACCCAUGGUGCGGCCCGGAGACAGGGUGGCACUGGUGUUCCCCAACAACGACCCCGCUGCCUCCAUGGUGGCCUUCUAUGGCUGCCUGCUGGCCGAGGUUGUGCCUGUCCCCAUCGAGGUGCCGCUCACAAGAAAGGAUGCAGGAAGCCAGCAGAUCGGCUUCUUGCUGGGCAGCUGUGGCGUGACGGUGGCCUUGACAAGUGACGCCUGCCACAAGGGCCUGCCCAAGAGCCCCACCGGAGAGAUCCCGCAGUUCAAAGGGUGGCCGAAGCUACUGUGGUUUGUCACGGAGUCCAAGCACCUGUCCAAGCCGCCCAGAGACUGGUUCCCGCACAUUAAAGAUGCCAACAAUGACACGGCCUACAUUGAGUACAAGACGUGCAAGGAUGGCAGCGUCCUGGGGGUGACGGUGACGAGGAUGGCGCUACUUACGCACUGCCAGGCCCUCACGCAGGCCUGUGGCUACACAGAAGCUGAGACGAUCGUGAACGUGCUGGAUUUCAAGAAGGACGUGGGCCUCUGGCAUGGCAUCCUGACGAGCGUCAUGAACAUGAUGCACGUCAUCAGCAUCCCCUACUCGCUGAUGAAGGUGAACCCCCUGUCCUGGAUCCAGAAGGUCUGCCAGUACAAAGCGAAGGUGGCGUGUGUCAAGUCCCGGGACAUGCACUGGGCGCUGGUGGCUCACAGAGACCAGAGGGACAUCAACUUGUCCUCCCUGCGCAUGCUGAUCGUGGCCGAUGGUGCCAAUCCCUGGUCUAUUUCUUCCUGCGACGCGUUUCUCAAUGUCUUCCAGAGCAAGGGCCUGCGGCCGGAGGUCAUCUGUCCUUGUGCCAGCUCCCCCGAGGCGCUCACCGUGGCCAUCCGGAGGCCCACGGACGACAGCAACCAGCCCCCGGGCCGCGGUGUGCUGUCCAUGCAUGGGCUCACCUACGGGGUCAUCCGGGUGGACUCGGAGGAGAAGCUGUCGGUGCUCACCGUGCAGGACGUGGGGCUCGUCAUGCCGGGAGCCAUCAUGUGCUCUGUGAAGCCCGAUGGGAUCCCCCAGCUCUGUAGGACCGACGAGAUCGGGGAGCUGUGUGUGUGCGCCAUCGCCACUGGAAUGUCCUACUACGGCCUCUCGGGCAUGACCAAGAACACCUUUGAGGUGUUCCCGGUGACGAGCUCGGGGGCCCCCGUCAGCGAGUACCCCUUCGUGAGGACGGGUCUGCUGGGCUUCGUGGGCCCCGGGGGCCUGGUGUUUGUGGUGGGCAAGAUGGAUGGGCUCAUGGUGGUCAGUGGCCGCAGACACAACGCUGACGACAUUGUGGCCACAGCGCUGGCUGUGGAGCCCAUGAAGUUUGUUUACCGAGGACGAAUCGCCGUGUUCUCAGUGACUGUGCUGCAUGACGAGAGGAUUGUGAUCGUGGCGGAGCAGAGGCCUGACUCCACAGAGGAGGACAGCUUCCAGUGGAUGAGCCGGGUGCUCCAGGCCAUCGACAGCAUCCAUCAAGUUGGGGUUUAUUGCCUGGCCCUGGUUCCAGCGAACACUCUCCCCAAAACUCCUCUUGGGGGGAUCCACUUGUCAGAAACGAAACAGCUGUUCCUGGAGGGCUCACUGCACCCCUGCAACGUCCUGAUGUGCCCCCACACCUGCGUCACCAACCUGCCCAAACCUCGGCAGAAGCAGCCAGAAAUCGGCCCCGCCUCUGUGAUGGUGGGGAACCUGGUGUCUGGGAAGAGGAUUGCGCAGGCCAGUGGCCGGGACCUGGGCCAGAUUGAGGACAAUGACCAGGCCCGCAAGUUCCUGUUCCUCUCGGAGGUCCUGCAGUGGAGGGCCCAGACCACCCCCGACCACGUCCUCUACACGCUGCUCAACUGCAGGGGCACGAUAGCGAGCUCCCUGACGUGUGUGCAGCUGCACAAGCGUGCUGAGAAGAUCGCCGUGAUGCUCAUGGAGAGGGGCCACCUGCAGGAUGGGGACCACGUGGCGCUGGUCUACCCCCCAGGGAUCGACCUCAUCGCGGCUUUCUACGGCUGCCUGUAUGCCGGCUGCGUGCCCAUUACCGUGCGCCCCCCACACCCGCAGAACAUCGCCACCACGCUGCCCACUGUGAAGAUGAUUGUGGAGGUCAGCCGCUCUGCCUGCCUGAUGACCACUCAGCUUAUAUGCAAACUGCUGCGGUCCCGGGAGGCCGCUGCAGCUGUGGACGUCAGGGCCUGGCCCCCCAUCCUGGACACAGAUGAUUUGCCAAAGAAGCGGCCUGCCCAGAUCUACAAGCCUUCCAACCCCGACAUGCUGGCAUAUCUGGACUUCAGCGUGUCUACCACGGGCAUGCUCGCCGGGGUCAAGAUGUCUCACGCAGCCACCAGUGCCUUCUGCCGAUCCAUUAAGCUGCAGUGUGAGCUGUACCCCUCCAGAGAGGUGGCCAUCUGCCUGGACCCGUACUGUGGACUCGGCUUCGUCCUGUGGUGCCUCUGCAGCGUGUACUCGGGACACCAGUCCAUCCUCAUCCCACCCUCAGAGCUGGAGACCAGCCCUGCGCUGUGGCUGCUCGCCGUGAGCCAGUACAAGGUCCGUGACACCUUCUGCUCCUACUCGGUGAUGGAGCUCUGCACCAAGGGCCUGGGCUCUCAGACCGAGGCCCUAAAGGUGAGCGGCCCCCAGCACAUGCUUCACAGGGGCUUGAACCAUACGUGAUCCGCCCUCCCACUCGAGUCACCCCCUGGC